AAAGAAUAUCAAAUUGCAAUGGCAUACAUCUUCUUCCUAUAAAUGAUUGUCUGCCUGCAUCAAAUCAAAUGAAGAAAACUCAUCUAUAGAGAUGGAAGGGAAAGCACAUGGAGCUCAUGUCUUGGCGCUACCUUAUCCAACACAAGGCCACAUAAACCCGAUGCUUCAAUUCUCUAAACGCUUGGCCUCCAAAGGGGUUAAAGUUACGCUCGCCACUACAGUUUUCAUCUUCAACUCUAUGCAACCACGAUCAUCGCCCUCGGAAUCCGUCCAGUUUGACGCAAUCUCCGACGGCCACGAUGAGGGCGGCUUUGCGCAAGCCGAGAGCAUCCACUCCUAUCUUGCUCGAUUGGAAGCCAUCGGCUCUAAAACGCUAGGUGACAUCGUUAUAAAGCACAAAGACACUGCUCACCCUAUUGAUUGCAUAGUCUACGACCACUGCUUGCCUUGGGCUUUGGAUGUAGCCAAAAAGUUUGGUUUACUUGGAGCCGCUUUUUUUACUCAACCGUGUGCUGUAAAUUUCAUAUACUAUCAUGUGCAUCAUGGAUUAUUGAAGCUCCCAAUUUCUUCCACACCGAUCUCAAUUCCUGGUCUGCCGUUGCUUGAGCUCCAAGACAUGCCAUCUUUCAUUUACGUAGCUGGGUCGUAUCCGGCUUACUUUGAGAUGGUGCUGAGUCAAUUUUCUAACUCGGAUAAAGCUGAUUGGGCUCUUGUCAACACCUUCUAUGAGCUGGAGGUUGAGGCGGUGGAUUCAAUGUCAAAAAUAUCUCCAUUACUGACAAUUGGGCCAACAGUUCCAUCGAUUUACUUGGACAACCGUGUGGAAAAUGACAAUGAUUAUGGGCUUAACCUUUUCACAAUAGACGACUCGUCGGUUUGCACUGAUUGGCUCAGCACUAAGCCAGCAGGAUCUGUUGUUUAUGUGUCGUUUGGCAGCCUCGCCCAUUUAAGCAACAAGCAAAUGGAGGAGUUGGCGUUUGGUUUAAAGGGAAGCAAUUUCUAUUUCUUGUGGGUGGUUAAGGCUUCAGAGGAGGAAAACCUCCCUGAAAAGUUUGUGGAAGAGAUAGGGGAUAAGGGGUUGGUGGUGAAAUGGAGCACCCAAUCGGAAGUGCUAUCGAAUAAGGCCAUUGGGUGCUUUUUUAGUCACUGUGGGUGGAAUUCAACCCUUGAGGCAUUGAGCUUGGAAGUGCCAAUGGUGGUGAUGCCACAAUGGACUGAUCAACCCACAAAUGCCAAGUUUGUUGAGGAUGUGUGGAAGGUGGGAGUUAGGGUUAAGGUGGAUGAGAAUGGCAUUGUGGGAAGAGAAGAGAUUGAGUCGUGCAUUAGGGAAGUAAUGGAGGGAGAGAGGGGAAAAGAAAUGAAAGAGAAUGCUAAGAAAUGGAGACAUUUGGCUACUGAGGCAGUGAGUGAGGGUGGCACUUCCGACAAGAACAUUGAUGAAUUUGUAUCCAAAUUGAUCAAAGCAAGCCCAAUGGUGUGAUCCAUUUUUAGAAUAAAACCAUUUGUAAUGAUGAACAAAAUUUUGUUUGCAAAUCACACCAUGUACUCUAUUUGUAAUGAUAUGCAAUUUCUUUUUUUUAAAAAAAAAAUAAAAAAAAUUGGAUGAUGUAUAUUUGGCAUUUUACAUAGCAUUUUUCAAGAUAAGUCAAGCAAUUUUAUAAUUAUUGUAAGUUUCUAGGAGCUAUAUUAAUUUAGUGAAGUUAGCGUGAUGUUUUGAGUUAGAACUUUCAUCGUGGCCUAUAAAGGUAUAUGCUUGGAAUGCUAGCAAUU